AGCAGAAGAAUCCAUAUCAGAUGAUGACAAAAGGAGGAACUAUGGAGGGGUGUACGUGGGCCUGCCAUCAGAUGCGGCUGCCAUGGCUCCCAGUCAGACGAAAGCUGCACCCAAAGGUACUGGCAGAUUAGAAGGAAAUAAAGACAUCAAGAUGCAAGCAACCCGAGUCUAUUAAGAACAGUUGCCAGUGCUUUGGAGAGAGCUGUCUUUUGCUGAAGAUUUUGAUAUUUACACAGCCUUCCAGAGAGCAGGAGAGAUCAGAGCACCAAAAAAUCCAAACUGUUCCAAGUUCCAACAACGGGUAAAGCUUAAAGUACAGCGUUGAAUUCCUUUCCAGUGAUAGUUGCAUUACGGAAACCUCCCGCUGUUCUCCAGUGAAAGAUGAAAUUAGUGAACUCAUCGUGGAUGUUUCUGUUCAAGAGCUAACUUUGAUGAUCUGCAACUUAUUUCUCUGUGGCCAUGUUGCAGAUUCCAUCAGCUAUCAGCUAUGCUUCAUAUAUUUCCUCAAAAAAGUUUGAUAGAUUUUAUAUAGAAAACCAUCACUACUGUCCACUCAAUAGUUUCUAUGGUAGGUUCCUGUAAAUUAAUUGUUAUUUUACUUCAGAGUAAUAUAUUUGACAAGUUUGCAUCUUUUUGGGAAUAUUGCAAAUUUUAAUAUUUUUGCUGUGAAAUAUUAAGAAUAGGAUGAAAUAAGCUUAAGACCUUAAGGUUCUUUAUAAUUAUUACUGUCCCUUUUAUACCAUGUGACAAAUAUUAGUGUUUGAUUUUCACCUUGUAAAAAGAUGUUGCUCAAAGAAAUUGAUUCAAAUAAGAAUGAUAUAUUUCAUAGUAUUAUUUACAUGUCUGUUUAUAUUUUACUUUAGCUAUAUCUCUUUUAUAAAGCAUUACAUAUAAAAAUACUAACAAAAUAAACUAUUAUGUGUCCCAUUCCAUGUAAUAAUAAUAUGUCCUUGCAUAAGGAUGAAGUGAUAGUAUUUUCGGAGCUAGUGGGACUAAACUCCAGUGCUGCAUCCUCCUGACCUGUAGAGUAUUUUUGAUCACUAUUAGAGUUUUAUAUCCCUGUCUCAUCUGAAAGCAUCUCCAGUAUGGCAAAUUGAAACAGAAUGAGCAUUACUACUUCUUUAGCAAGUUGUUCAGGUUUUAAAAUUCAUUAAGUUAAUAGCAAUUGUAAGUUUUGCAUAGAACAUAAAACAGAUUGUGCAUUUACAGAUGGCUGAAUAAGUAUUUAAACUACUAAAGCCUUUUGCAGCAUUCUUUAGUCAAACUCUUUUUAAUGAGACUUGAUACACCAUACACUUUAAAUAGUCAAAUAAAAAAAACCCCACCUAAUCUGCACCAUAUUAAUAUAUUACUGUACAUUCAUGACCAUUUUUAAAAUUAAAAGGAAACAACAAACCAUAAAAUUUGGGCAUGAAGAAAUAAGCUGCCGUGAACUAUGAAAUUCCUGCCAUUUUCACUGAUACCCAUUACUACCAAUGAACUACCAUUGACUAUGAUUUCCAGUAACUUGUAGCUUUCACUUUUAUAUAGUGGUAGUUUGAUGUGAGGCUUGCAAAAUGAGAUAUUUAAAAGUAUUCCUUGCUUGUUGUCUUUUAAUUAUUUCUGACAUUAUUUAUUGCUAUUCUCUAGCAAUCUCUUACUUGGGUUAUCAAUGAUUUCAGGCUUCCAGCUCCUGUAUCUCAUUCUUGACUGUCAACCUCAAACUGAGAUGAAAUAAGCUUGAGAUUAAAUAAGCUUGAAGAUGUGGUGUUAAAUAUCUCUCAGUAUGAAUGAAAGUCUGUAGAUUGUAUCUGCCAUGUCUUGGUCUUGCAAGCCAGACUGGUGAGGACUUAAGUAGCCCUGGGUGAUAAACAUGCAGGCUUUUCUCCUACCUACUUACCAUAGCAUGAGGGUAUAGUUUCCACUUCACAUAUUCCACAAAUGGCCAAAAUGGUUUGCACAAGUUUAUUUAGUACAGAGCAAUGCCUGACCUGAUCACAAUUUUUUUUCCCCAAAGCAGAAAAAGCAUCGAUCAUCCUAGAAUACAUCAGCAUUCAGCUUGAGCUCAAAAAGCCAACAGCUGGUUCCAGUAAUCAACCCAGUUGUUUACCCAGUUCUGUCCUUCAGUUGCUGAGAAGAAUUAUCAAAAAGGUGGACAGGGCUAAACUCGAACAUCACUUGUUCUGCUAGUGACAGCUGAAGCCCCAUGUGUGGGCAGAGGGAGGAAAGAGGUGAUUGCUGAUGAACAGCUCCUCACAGCUGGUGGUGGGACAGUUGCAAGGGGUACUUUCCUUGGUUCACAUCAUUGCUUGUUUUUCCUGUGCAGAGCUACAGAGAAGCUUGGAGCACUUUGCAGAAUUGGUCUUUUAAUGUUUCAUCCUCUGAAUGUGUGGGAGGUACAGUAGUUUCUUAAUCUUUUUUCCCUCUGCGUCGUUUAAUCUCAGAAGUUUACUGAGCAACUGACAAAUGUGCAGCAUCACAGACUGGAACCUCUAAAAUAGACAUACAUUCAUUUAUGCUAUGCAGGCCUGUGCCAUCAAACUGAAGAGCUAUGGCCAUGCUCUUGUCUCAAUUUGCUGAUUAUUGUCUUUUGUUUUCCCAAAGAUCCAUGAAUCUAGAAACUGUUUUACAGGAUGCUGUAUUCUGUCCUGGCCAAAUUCCACUUGGGGAACUGGUUUUCUGCUCAUGAAAAGUCCUCUAUGGUGAGCCGCCUUUGUUAAGAAAAGCACAAGUCAUUUCAUGGAGAAAUGGGUGUAUCUGCUCUUUCAAAACUUACAAUCUAUGGAUAUUUCUGUUAGGAGGAGGAACAAAAAAUAAAUCCUAUAUGCCAGCUGCCAGCUGUGCAUGUGACGGCA